AUGAUUAAAGGGGGUUACAAUUCCGUUGUUAAGUCUCUGAGAGAAGGAAUUACAAUUCACUUGAACCACAUUGUAACAAAUGUGUCAUAUGGUAUCAAGGAACCACGUUGUAACACUAUAUUUCUCGGUUUGUUGAGGAGGGAGGAGGAAAUUGGUAUGGUUGUUGCCAAGAGCGACAGCAACAGUGAACCUUGUACUUCAUACAAUUGUUAUAAAGUAGCAGCCUUGACUGAGACCAUAUUAGAGACAAGUCAAGUCUUUAAUCUAAAAGAUCGGUACGUUCUCGGGGAGCAAUUGGGUUGGGGACAGUUUGGUGUCAUAAGGCCAUGUUCGGACAAGUUAACAGGAGAGGUUUUGGCCUACAAAUCAAUUGCUAAAGAUAGGUUGGUUACUUCGGAUGAUUUGAGGAGUGUAAAACUUGAGGUAAAGAUAAUGGCUAGGUUAUCUGGUCACCCCAAUGUUGUGGAUCUCAAAGCAGUUUAUGAAGAGGAAGGCUUUGUUCACUUGGUGAUCGAACGUUGUGUUGAAGGAGAGUUUUUUCAUCGAUUAGAGAAGCAUGAAUGGUUUUCAGAAUCUAAAGCCAAGGUUAUCUUCAGGCACCUCAUGCAGGUGGUUUUGUAUUGUCAUGAAAAUGGGGUUGUUUAUAGAGAUUUAAAGCCUGAGAACAUUCUCGUAGCAACAAGAUCCUCAUCUCCUAUUAAAUUGGCAGAUUUUGGACUAGCAACCUACAUCAAGGAGCAUGGUCAAUGGAAGAUAGUGGAAGAGGAUUUGCCACCACCCAAGCCUCCAGACCUGAAUUAG